GAAAACUAAAACAGUCUUGGCAGAUAUCUAUAUAGCUUUGAAACAUGGAAGUUAACGCUGGAGAAGAUCAAUACGAAGAAGCAUCAGAAUGGUUUGUAAAGUAUUUAAACCGUCAAGGUGAUUGGUUAGAAAAGACAAGAGGAAACCUUAUGGUUGCAGCGACGGUUAUAGCUGGUAUGAGCUUUCAAGUUAUGGUUAGUCCUCCUGGUGGUGUAUGGCAAAGUGAUAUUUGUUCCUCUGGAGAUCAAACCGGUGCCGUACCGGUUUGUAAGGCAAAAGCGGGAACUUCGGUAUUGGAGCACGAGAGUUCGAAACGUGGCCUCUAUCUUGGAAUGGUUAUUAGCAGUACAGUUUCGUUUUCUGCUUCCAUGAGCCUCAUUCUACUUGUCAUCAGUGGAUUACGACUCAGGAACCGGAUGAUAAUGGCGAUCCUUGUGACAUUUAUGGUACUAGCGGUUCUUUGCAUAUCAGCGGCGUUUUUCUUCGCUGUCGCAUUGGUUCAGUAUGAUGAUGAUAAAAUCAUCUAUAUACUAAUGGUUUAUGUGGGAUUCUGGAUAGUGUUUCCUGUUAUAAUACUUGUAAGCCAACUAGUUCGGUUUUUAGGUUGGCUUAUUUGUUUCAUAUGUUGUUGUUGUUGCCCACGUCGACGACGGUCCCCUCGACGGCUUCUGCCAAUGACUCCAUCUCCUGCACACUAACGAAGAAGAGGAACGUGUGGCUCAAAACCCACAUAAGAAAUGAGU